AUGCAGACUGUUGUUCCUUUGGUCUGCCGAUCUCAAUUUCCAGGUCCUUAUACUUGGAAAGUUUCUCAAUACAAUGGACAGAAAUUCUCUCUUAUGGAAUAGACACAUUCGGAAGGCAGCGUACCUUGUCUCUUGUGUGUUGGAGGUUGUUGUUGUAUCUCAGGCUUUUUGGUGGUGAAUUCUCAUGGGCAGAUCUCAGAGUAUCCCAUGUUGUUAGUUAAAAUUCGGUCACAGUGGUUGGCUGGUACCAUGCAUGAGAUGUUUAUAGUUUGUAUUAUUAUUAUUAUUAUUAUUAUUAUUAUUAUCCACAGGCUCCAAACAGCACAUGCAUGAGUAUGUGUAUGUGUAUGUGUCUCAUGCACAUCCUCCUCCUGCACCAUCCGCCCUUCAGUGCUUUAAUGGGGGCGGAGGGACAGAAAUCUAUAAAAGCGCGCGGGCCUCAUCACAGAGCCGCAACGGUGUACACCGGUACACGCGCACGGAUUAACCGAGAGAGAGAGAGAGAGAGAGAGACUGACUCCUGAUAACUAACUCAUCAGCUCCCUCCGCGUUUGGGUCAUACUACACUAUGCUGACCGCGUAAAACCUUUUUUUUUUUUUAAACAGUAUUAAAUCACAAAUUUAUCUUUUUUUUCCCUCCCGGACAUUACUGCACGGAAUUUUAUUUAUGCGUUUUUAAUUAAUUCCUCCAAACCCGCAAGCUCCCCGCAAAGAAAAGAGAGUUAAAGAAAAGCCCCGCGCGCUCCGGGAGGAUGCUCGCGCUGACGCGGAGCUCGUGCUGCUGCUGCUGCUGGCUGCUCGCGCUACUGCUGAGCCACGCGGGAGUCAAAGCGGCCAACCACAACAAGAACAUCAACUCCAUCAAAACGGCGCCGCUUGGAGAGGCACCCACCGCCACCGCCGCCGCCGCCGCCGCAGCGUCCACGCACCCGGGCAGCGCGGCUCACGCGCUGGCGAAGAAAUCCAACGUUCCCGUGCAGGAUUACAGCGGUGAGAAGCAGUGCAGCAACGAUAAGGACUGUCCGGCCAGUAGUUACUGUCACAGCACGCAGCACGCUCCAUCACGAUGCCUCACCUGCCGCCGGAGGAAGAAGCGAUGCCACAGAGAUGCCAUGUGUUGCCCCGGGAACCGCUGCAGCAACUUUAUCUGCGUCCCGUUCCCCGAGAACCUCAUGACCCAUCACAUCUCAUCUUUAAAGGAGCAGAAAAAGCUAAGCAAAGACAAAGCCUGGAAGAAGAGCGGGAAAGUCCAGACCAAGGUCUCCCUCAAAGGUCAUGAGGGCGACGCUUGUCUGCGUUCCUCAGACUGUUCAGAGGGUUACUGCUGUGCCCGCCACUUCUGGACCAAGAUCUGCAAGCCGGUGCUGCGCCAAGGCGAAGUGUGCACCAAACAGCGCAAGAAAGGCUCACACAACUUGGAGAUCUUUCAGCGCUGCGACUGUGCCAAAGGCCUGGUGUGCAAAGUGUGGAAGGAUGCCACGUCCUACUCCAGGUCCAGACUGCACAUGUGCCAGCGGACCUGAGAGGAACUAGGGAGCAGCGGCGAACGAGGGAGCUUCACCGAUAGGUCCUUCGUUCCCUCCAGGGAGCGAUGUGGA